AAUGGUUCUCAAGAAGGUUCUCAAGAGGGUUCUCAUAAAGAUUCUCAAGGAGGUUCUCAGAAUGGUUCUCAAGAGGGUUCUCAUAAAGAUUCUCAAGGAGGUUCUCAGAGUGGUUCUCAAGAAGGUUCUCAAGAGGGUUCUCAGAAUGGUUCUCAAGAAGGUUCUCAAGAGGGUUCUCAUAAAGAUUCUCAAGGAGGUUCUCAGAAUGGUUCUCAAGAGGUUUCUCAUAAAGAUUCUCAAGGAGGUUCUCAGAGUGGUUCUCAAGAGGGUUCUCAGAAUGGUUCUCAAGAGGGUUCUCAUAAAGAUUCUCAAGAAGGUUCUCAGAGUGGUUCUCAAGAAGGCUCUCAAUGGUUCUCAAGGAUGUUCUAG